UAGACCUGGGCUGUCGAUCAGUCAACUGACCGCUACCUCAAAGUCGAGUUCUUGAGUGCACUAGAAUAACGUGAAUCGGUACAAAAAGUGCAAUUAUCAAGACGCCUACUUUCCACUAAUUCUGUGAGAAAUUCGCGGUGACACAGGUGAUUUUCUAUAGACUUUUGGAGAUAAUGCCAUCUGUGCGAUGGAAAAGUAUAACAACAAUUGUUACCACAGUCCUCCUCAGCCUCUUUGCCGGACAGGCAGAUGGUACAGAUGGAAUGCAGCAUCCAAUUUCAAUGGGCGCAGAUGGUUGGAAGCCAAUAUUGGGUAGUAACCGCCCAUCGUCCAACACACACUACCAAGAAGAGAUCAAAUAUUACCAGAAUCCCAUCUUGAAAGAAACAGUGAAGGCAGAGCCACUACCAAUGACCACUCCUUCAGGUACAACACCUGGCAACUCCACUAGGUUUGACCAGAAAGCAAUGAAAACCAUAUCGAUAAAUGUGGUACAUCCUUACUCAAAAGGAAAAUUACCACCACACAGCAAGCAUGCUCCACAGUACUAUGUCUUGCCCAAUCAUGGUAGCCAUGGACCACACAUACCUCUGAACGCUGUCAUGCACAGAAAUCCUAACCAGCACAAGAAGAACCAUGGCCAUAACAGCGGAAAAAGGAUCAAGAAACCAGGCUAUGGUCAAAUGGUCACUGCUCAUAGCACAAGGAAUGAGGUCUACGUUCCUGCUCCUUCUCCAGGCUCCUAUUCUUUCUUCACCCAGGGAAAGAAUGUGAAAACCAGAGAAUCUGCAGGAUUGUCCAACGAAGGUCAGAAGAUCUACAUCAAACAUCCUCACGUAGAGUUCUCCAGUCACUUCCCACCCAAUAACGUAUACCAACAGGGAAAUCAACCGAUCCAGCACAUAAUCUUCCAAAAACAACAAGUAAACGAGAUCAUACCUUCCUAUCAGGUCGACAACCUACAAAACCUCUCCCCUCCACCGAUCUACAAGAACUUCAAUGAAGCCAACCAAGGCCAACAGCAGAACGACCUUAGAACCAACAACGACAAGGUUAUCCUUGGUCACAAUCCUCUUGGACCCAACGAUCUGUUACUCCAGUUACCUUCCUACGAUAUAUUCGGUUUUGGAAAGCAAAGGGUGCAAAAUCCCAACAUUCAAGUGACCAGGGAAAAGCUACAGCAUUUCCAGCAGUUCCCAACGCAAAAUUUGGUCCAAGUGGAAGGAGAAUUUGGUCAAAUAAACCACGUUACGAGAAGACCAGUUACCGAUUACCCUAAGCAACCAACUUAUGAAGUAACUGAAGGUAAAUGGGAAGAAAACACGUCAUCUUCUGAUCAUAUCCAUAGUCAUGUAGAACUGGAUGUACCACCUUUCUUACCUACGCCUUAUAGACCAGAUAAAGUGUUUCCAACAUCGCCAACCCAAAAUGAAGUAUCUACAAUCUUUGGUCAACUAUCUAACGUGGUUAAACAACACCCAGAAGUCUACACACGCAACUCCUUGUUCUUUGAUGUUAAAGAAGUAUCAACCCAUUAUCCAAUACUUGGAAAACCUGGAUAUUUACCAACUACUGAACCUACCCGUCAAGAAACAACCGAAACACCUUCCUCUAGACCUUUUGUUGAGGAGGUCGAGAAAACAACAGAAUGGGAACAGCAAACUACGGAGCAGCCCGUGAAAAUCCAAUCUCAUCGGAGAAGAAGACCUACGAUGCCUAGAACUACAACACCAGUUGAACUACUAACCGAUCCUAUCAGUGUUGAAACCACCACUCCUCCUGUGGUUAGUAUGGAAGUUGAAACUGAAAGACCAUACAGGCCAAGAAGGCCUCUAAGACCCAGACCAAGUAGCUCUGAAGAUACUCACAGAGUUAGAGAUAGGCACCGAAAGAGGCCAGGUCACAACAGAAAACGUGUAAGGCCUAAUAGGUAUGAAUCGGAAGAAUAUACAACCAACAAACCUACAGAAGAAUCUAAGGAAGUGACAGAAGUCCUUCCAAUAAUUCAAUACUUCACAACGCAAAGUUUCAGAGGAUCUCAGGAAGACCAAAAAGAGACGCAAGAAUCUCAAGUGGAGGAUCAAACUGAAAGAGUUAGACCUUUGAGAAGAAGACCAUACAACAGAGAAUCUUCAACAAGUGAGGAUACAAGUGGGGAGAGAGUUACAGAAUCACCCCAGCCAAGUUAUAUAUCAUCUUAUGAAAUUGCUUCGCAAGAAGAAGAAGAAACUUUGCAAAAUCACGACAGUUCAAGAAUUACCGAAGACGAAACAAACGUAAACGACAUAAAGAACUAUUCGACUACAACAACUGAAGCGCCAACCACAUUGAGUACCAUCAAUAUACCUGAGAAUGAAGUAGAAUAUACCACACAAAGUAUACCUGAGGAGGUGGUUUUGGUAGACCAAGAAAUACCUAAGGUUACUACAACUUCAGAACCAACUACUACAAGUACUACCACUGUCCCAACCAAAUCCCAUCGUAGACGCCCUAUAAAAUACAAUGCCUCUAGUAGACCUAGGUUUAGCGUCAAAGACUACCGUCAGAGACUCAACCAAUAUUCCUCAACAUCUACCACAAGUACAGAAGGACCAAAACCAGUCAGUGACAACACUGUGAGGUUAAGGUUCCCAACAAGAUUAAGGAGACCAUUAUCCACAACAUCAACUACAACUCAGGUUUAUGAAGAGACGACUAGAUUCAAGUUUGUUCCAAAAGAACCGAGAUACAGUUCAACACUUACUUCUAGUAAUGAUGUGAUCACAGAAAAGAAUGUCAAAGCUGUCAAUACAAGACUGAGACCAUUUGGAAGAACUAAAACUACUACCGAAUCUUCUCCAGUUACCUCGAAAAUUUCGAUUAAACCUCAUUUGUUUUCUAACAGAAGAAGACCACAGGUGAAUCCAUUGAAGACAAGGGUUCAAAAUUCAAGCAGAACUAAUGACAUAGAAAUACAUAGUGACAUACAAAUCACAGAAGAAAGGAUUCAAACUGAAGAGAAAGAAGAAGAAGAAGCUACUACUAUAUUCCCUACUCUAGACAUUUUGAAAAAUGAUGCUUUUGCUUACUCACAAAGGGUUUCCGAUUUGACUUCUUCAAUGAAAGAUGAAUAUGAAAGAUUCAAAGCAAUUCCUUCAAGUAGUAGAAGAGUGCCAAAUCACUAUACAAUAUCCACAGAAGAUCCUGUUCUUCCUCUUGAGGCUUUCUUCUCGAAUAUCAAUGACAAAGGAAAGUGAAUAAGUACCUGAAAACAUUCUUGAUAUUGUGAUAAUAAGUUUUGGAGAGAUUUUCAGAAAAUUUGGAGAAUUUCUUCUUUCAUCCGAGAAAAGAAACCUAUUUAUUUAUUUAAUCAAAUGUUCUAGCUUCUCACUUUUUACUUGGACUAAAAACUGGAAGAGCAAUUUGAGUAGCUAAUUAGAAGGACUGCCUUGAAAGAGAACUUGGAAUGUGUUAUUUUUCGCAAAAUACAUAUCGCAAUUAUUUAUUCCUAAUAAUUUAAGUUUGUCGGAUACUGCAGAUCCAACGAAUAUAAUAUCAUAUAAUCAUUCACUUCAAAGAUCCAUCAAUUCAUUUCUAUGUAAAUUCAUUCGUGAAUAAUAUAUUAGUAUUUAUUUAUUUAUGUUUAUAAGUAGCGAAAACAUUGUACUUAAGAAUAAAUAAAUUUAAAUUGGAUUUCA